GUUAAGAUAGAAGGAAGGAAGAAAGAAGGGAUGAGGCACACACACUAUUGUAAUCGGAUAAUACAAAUAGCCAUAACCAACCAAACCUGAACCCACAAAGUUCAGAGCUCCGACAAGCCAGCGUCGAUCAUGGCUGCCUCUUUUAGUCUUUGCAGCCCUUUUACGUCCGUACCAAGAACAGGAACUUACUUCAGCCCAACUCCUUCAAGAACUAAAAUCAACUGCGUAGCAUGGGACCCAGAAGGAGUAUUGGGUCCAUCAAAAACAGGGCAUAUUGCUAAACUCGAAUUCCGAAAGAGGAUGGAAAAAGAUGUUGAAGCUAGAGAAGACUUUGAGCGUCAAGUUCGUGAAGAGAAACAACGUCGACUUGAGCUCCGAGAGUCUCGUGUACCUCCAGAUGCUCCAGCGGCUUUGAUUGAGUACUUUCUUGAUACCGAGGCUCAGGAAUUGGAAUUUGAGAUUGCUAGGUUGAGACCCAGGUUGAACAAGGAAUUCUUUGAUCAUCUGAAACUUGAUUUGGGAAAACUUCGAUUUGCCGUGACAAAGACACAAGACAUGGAAGACAGAUUAAUUGAACUUGAAGCAGUCCAAAAAGCUCUCGAAGAAGGAAUAGAAGCUUAUGAUAAAAUGCAAACUGAUCUCGUUAAGGCAAGAGAGAGCUUAACCAAAAUUUUGACAUCAAAGGAUGUAAAAGGAGAACUACUCGAUAUGGUUGAGAAAAAUGAGAUCAAUAGAUCUUUAUUAACACUUCUUGACGAAAACAUUGCAAGUGCGCAAAAGAGUGAUCAGAAACAAGCUGCUGAGUUCAUGGAAAAGCUUCGAGGGGCUAUGUUGAAGUACAUGACCGCCUAAAUUACACUCGGCGAGUUCUUGUUUUCGGUUAUGUUUUCAUCUUAUGAUGGAUUUUGUUGGUUGUUUUAAUUUAAUCAAUUCAGUUUGUGUUA